CACAACUGCCAACUGCCACGACGACAACCAAAAGCAACCAAGAAGAAGGCAAGAUGGCAACAAGGUCGUUGAUGGUGACAGCGGCGGUGACUCUGCUGCUGGUGGUUGCUGUUGCACUGACAAGCCCCGCCAGCGUGCGGGCUGCCAGCGACAGCAGCGAUGACAGCACCUCCAACGUCGUCGUUCUCACAGACGAGACCUUCGAACACGACACUCAGAUUUCCUCCGGUGCUACCACUGGUGACUGGUUCAUCAAGUUCUACGCUCCAUGGUGUGGGUUCUGCAAAGCCAUCGCCCCCGUGUGGGAUGAACUCGCGGACAAGGUCAAGGAGAGCAACGUGAACAUCGCCAAGGUCGACUGCACCAAGAACCGCCUGACAUGCGAACGGUUUGGCGUCCGCGGCUACCCAUCCCUCUUCUUCUUCCACAACGGCCAAAUCUACAAAUACAACGAGGCGGCGGUGCGUGUGCAGCAGGCAAAGCAGGAGCAAGCCAUGCAGCAGAAGCACAAGCAGGACAAGAAGAAGGGCGAGAGUGGCGGCAACAAGGACGACGAUGAGCAGGAGGACGAGGACGCUGGCGACAAGGCGGCCGUAUCUGGUGGUGACGCUCGCAAGGGUGGUGCCCGCCGCCGCAGGGCAGAGCAGUAAACAGCACAGCGCAGCGCAACACACCCCGUCUGCUCCCUUACUUUUCUUGCAUCUGUGCUUGUUGUUCUUGCUGAUCGUCUUCUUCUUCCUCCUCUCCCGUGUCUGUGUGCCUUUCCUCGUGCACUCAUCCAUGUGCACGUGGCUCCUUUCAUGUGUGCUUGCCAUCAGCCGCGCCAUGCAGCAACUUCCUCCCCCCUCUCCUUUCUGUGACCAUGAACUUGUCGUAACACGUUCCUCGCUCGCACCCAUUCGUGUCUUUCUCGUGCACGAUGCGUGAACGACAAGAACUGCUCAGUCGACCACAUACACAUUGUGCAAGAUAUCACAAAGUGGCUCAGA